AUGUCUAAAGAAUUUGACUUGAUUCUUCUGGGCCCCACUGGCUACACUGGCGCAUUUGUAGCAGAACACAUCUGCAAAUCCUUCCCAACCACGCUCAAAUGGGCCGUCGCAGGGCGUUCAGCUUCAAAGAUCCAAAGCGUUCUGGAGCAGUUGAAAACGCUGGGCCUGGACAGGGCAGAUCCAGAUGUUCUGACAGUCCAGUUAACUCCUGAUGAGCUCGACGCCCUGGCAAAGCGCACGCGAUUGAUUGUUAACUGCGUUGGCCCGUACCAUCUCUAUUCGACACCCGUUGUCGAAUCAUGUGCAGAGAAUGGAACUCAUUAUAUUGACGUAUCCGGCGAAACGCCGUGGAUUAGAAGAGUCUUGCAGAAGUACCACAAAACCGCCGAGAAGAACGGGGCAAUCAUUGUUCCAUCCUGUGGGUUCGAAAGUGUGCCCCCUGAUAUUGUGGCCUGGGUAGCUGUUGAUUUUCUGCGUACAAAGCUGUCCGCCGAACCGGUAGAGGCAGUCGGCUGUCUUUAUGAUUUUAGAUCUGCUGGUGUGAGCGGCGGCACCGCCUAUUCGAUUUUGAGCACACUAGAAGGCGCAAAUAUAUCAGAAAUGCUCAGCGCACUCGACAGCUACUGUCUCUCUGCUACUCCAACCCCGCCCACACGUAUUACGCCACGCAAAUCAAUCGCUGAGUUAAUCUGUGGAGUGCGCGCAGCCUCUGACCUUGGGACCCUAACGACGGUGCCAUCACGCAUGGCCGACGAAUCCACAGUCCUUCGCAGCAGUACCCUAAUGCCGGACCUUUAUGGACCUAGGUUUUCAUAUGGUCAAUACCUCCGCGUCCGUAAUGUAUUCCUAGGGACAAUAUUCCAUCUCGCGUUCAACAGCAUCGUAUGCCUGCUCGUCUUUGCGCCAAUCCGUUGGCUGUUUCGCAAAAUUUUGCCUGCACCGGGCGGCGGCCCUUCAAAAGACGAAACGGUAAAUGACUAUUGUGAACAUCGUAUUCUCAUAUCUAGCGACCAGAGGGAUGAGACUGGAAGACCAACGAAGGCUCUUGGUAGCAUUGCGUAUCAAGGGGGCCAAUAUGACCUGACCGGCUUGACCGCUGCUGCCGCCGCCAAAGUUGUCUUGAACCACGAGAAGGAAAUCAAGGAUAUUUCUGCUGGGUUUGUAACGUCAGCUACCCUGGGACAGCCAUACGUCGAUGAAUUGGAAAAGGGUAACGUGUGA